AAACUUUUUCAAAAGAUGAACUCAUAUGGACCCGAACCAUCUCUUCUCUCUGUGCAAAGUAUAAGCUUCUAGAAUGUGUACUGUAGCCAAGCCAUGCGUCUGUGUUCUUCUGUAUGCUUGUGAUUUGCUGAAUUGAUUAUAGGUUUAUGAUCAGAGAUAGUGCAUAAGAAUCAUAGCCAAUUGUUUAUGCAAUGAAGUGCUUUUACUACUUCAAAGACAAAUCGAGGAGCCCAAAGCAAAGGUCAGCACCUGAACUGAAAGAGCAAGAUGAACUUCAGUUUUCAGGGCCUGAAAGGGUCACCAAGUCGUCAUGCUCGUCUCUGUCGCCUCGAGGUAUACCGGAACUGUAUGAGGAGAAGGGUCACAAUUUGAGGGCCUUCUCCAUUACUGAGCUCAAACGUGCAACAAGUGAUUUCAGCAGGGUUUUGAAGAUAGGAGAAGGUGGAUUUGGAAGUGUUUAUAAAGGUUCAAUCAAGCCUGUUGAUGGAAAUGGUGCUCCUGUUUUAGUUGCCAUCAAAAGGCUUAACAAGGAUGCAUUGCAGGGCCACAAGCAAUGGUUGACUGAAGUUCAGUUUCUUGGUGUUGUGGAGCACCCAAAUCUUGUCAAGCUUAUUGGAUACUGUGCUUUGGAUGGUGAAAGAGGGAUCCAGAGACUACUUGUGUAUGAAUACAUGCCAAACAAAAGCUUAGAAUUUCAUCUUUUCAAUAAAGCCUAUGAUCCGCUUCCUUGGAAAACAAGACUUGAAAUAGCACUUGGAGCAGCUCAGGGGUUAUCCUAUCUUCAUGAAGAAUUAGAAGUUCAGGUGAUAUAUCGAGAUUUUAAAUCGUCCAAUGUAUUGCUGGAUGAAGAUUUUAAGCCAAAGCUUUCUGAUUUUGGACUUGCUAGGGAGGGACCAGUUGCUGGGGAUACUCAUGUUUCAACUGCGGUGAUGGGAACACAUGGUUAUGCUGCUCCAGAUUACAUUGAGACAGGCCAUCUCACUGCCAAGAGUGAUGUGUGGAGUUUUGGUGUGGUGCUAUAUGAAAUGCUUACUGGCAGGCGUUCCAUGGAAAGAAACAGGCCGAAAACGGAGCAGAAACUAUUGGAGUGGGUGAAGCACUAUCCUCCUGAUAGCAAAAAGUUUGAUACUAUUAUGGAUCCGCGCCUUAAAGGACAAUACUCCAUUAAUGGAUCACGAAAAAUUGCCAAACUCGCCGAUCAUUGCCUGCGUAAGAGUGCAAAAGACCGGCCAACAAUGAGUCAGGUGGUAGAGAUAUUGAAGCAGAUAAUCAUCCAAGAUUCUAAUGAAGAACACCCUGCAGAUAAUAAGAGUAUUGAGGAAUCUGAAAGUGAUCCAGUUGAGGCUGAAGAAGAGCCAAAACAACCAGGCUCUUCAGAGUUAUGGAAAAAAAGGAUGGAGCAUCUUGCAAAACUUGGUGAACAUGUUGAGAGUGCUAGUAGAAGAAGAUUUAUGAUCCUUCAGAAAGCCAAUGUUUCUUCAUAGUAAAAUUUCAUUAUGUCUAAGUGUGGCUGGGAACAUGGUCCAUUUUGGGCCAAUGAUGGAUAUACAAAACAGGCAAAAAAACUAGAUGUCAUUGAUGUAUAGAAUGCUGAACACUAAUAGCACUACAUUGCUAAUGAUCUUUUUGUUGUUCAGUGGCCAUAUAUUUUGUUUGCUAUGAAUGAUAGCUAUGAAUAUAUUGUUAAUUUAGUAAGUUAUUCUGUGGU